AUGGCGCCUCAGAAACAUAUUGUCGAGGUGCCUCGGAGCAUCCUUCCCCGUCUAACAUGGAACAGUUCCUCUCGCCCGACUGUCUCCUCCCAUCACCCCACGUUCAGCACCAAACAGCUACACCAAGGCUGGAGCCCACUUCCCCGUCAAUUACCCUCAACGAACAGCUCGACCCAGUUCGUCCGGGCGUUCUCGACUGCUCUGCGGGAGCCUCAACUUGGAAUCAGCGGUGCCCGGCGACGCUCUGUCUAUGCGGUGCCGUCUCAACGCCCCGAGCCUACCGGCAAUCCCGUUCGUCAUAAUGGAGUCUAUGUCGCUGCUUUCAAGCCGGCCCACCGUGCCUUCCAUGCGACCCCGGCUUGCCAGCGUGAUCAUCACUUUGAUACUUUACGAUUUGUGAAGCGCCUACAAGCCGAAGGGUUCAGUGAGGAGCAGGCUGUCGCCAUGAUGCGUGUGUUAAACGACAUCAUCCAGGAGUCUAUCCAGAAUUUGACCCGGACGAUGGUGCUACGUGAAGAGUCAGAGAGAUCCACCUAUACUCAAAAAGUUGACUUCGCGAAACUCCGUUCCGAGCUUCUGAACGCCGACUCGACCGAAGCACAGUCCACUCGCUCCUCGCACGAGAAAAUCUCUGCUGAUCUUGCAAAGCUCAACUCGCGCUUGCGAGAUGAGAUUGGCCGAACACAAGCCUCGGUCCGUCUAGAUCUGAACCUGGAGAAAGGACGGAUCCGUGAAGAGGCAAAUGGCCAAGAGAUGCGAAUCAAAGAAACGGAGACUCGCAUCGAGCAGGAGGUUGCUGGGCUUCGAGAGCGAGUUGAAUCGGUCAAAUUCUCGACCGUCCAAUGGCUGAUGGGUGUCUGCACUGGUACCGCUGCUCUGAUUCUUGGUGCCUGGCGCCUGUUUAUGUAA